AUGGAGGGACCGGAGAGAGAGAUGCAGAGCGCGGGGACUGCGGUGGGUCUGUUCCUGACCAACGAAUCCACCGGCAGCCCAACCCUGGAUCCCAACACCGACUACGACCAGGAGUUCAUCCGUUAUCUGUGGAGGGAGUACUUGUACCCGAAGGAAUACGAGUGGGUCUUGAUCGUCGCUUACAUUGUUGUGUUCAUCGUUGCUCUGAUUGGGAACAUACUGGUUUGUGUUGCAGUAUGGAAGAACCACCACAUGAGGACAGUCACAAACUAUUUCAUCGUGAAUCUGUCAUUUGCCGAUAUUCUCGUUACUAUUAUCUGCCUGCCUGCCAGCCUUGUGGUGGACAUAACUGAGACCUGGUUCUUUGGCCAUGCUCUCUGCAAAGUCAUUCCUUACCUACAGACUGUUGCGGUUUCUGUGUCUGUACAGACACUCAGCUGCAUCGCUCUGGACCGCUGGUAUGCGGUAUGUCACCCACUGAUGUUCAAGAGCACGGCCAAGCGAGCACGGAGCAACAUAGUCAUGAUAUGGAUCGUGUCCCUUGUCUUAAUGAUUCCCCAGGCAAUCGUCAUGGAGUGCAGCAUCAUGGUGCCAGAACUAGCCAACAAAACACUUCUAUUCACCAUCUGCGAUGAGCAUUGGAAAGAUGAUAUUUACGCCAAGGUGUAUCAUAUCUGCUUUUUCAUUGUGACGUACAUGGGCCCUUUAUGUCUCAUGGUUUUGGCCUACUUUCAAAUAUUUCGGAAGCUUUGGUGCCAACAGAUUCCCGGCACUUUCUCGGUCAUACAGAGGAACUGGAAGCCCCUUGCCCUGCAGUGCCCCUCGCAGCGAGGUCGGAGAGACCAAACCAGGUCCAGAACCCGUGGUGUAGCGGCAGAAAUCAAACAGAUCCAAGCGAGGAGAAAAACAGCACGCAUGCUCGUGGUGGUUCUGAUUUUCUUUGCACUUUGCUACCUUCCAAUCAGCGUCCUAAACAUCUUGAAAAGAGUGUUUGGGACUUUCGACAAUAUUAAUGACAGAGCAACACUCUAUGCAUUGUUCACCUUCUCACAUUGGCUGGUCUAUGCCAACAGUGCAGCUAAUCCUAUCAUUUAUAAUUUUUUGAGUGGCAAAUUCCGGGAAGAGUUUAAAAUGGCGUUUUCCUGCUUUGAGCAGAGGGACGGUCGGAGCGAGGAGCCACUCAGCAGGGGGCGGGCGAGCACGGAGAGCCGCAAAUCGCUGACCACGCAGAUCUGCCACGACAACGUUUCCAAAAACGCGGAGCACGUGGUGCUUGCGAACGUGACCACGCUGAAGUCCAGCGCUUUCACUGCCAUUAGAGACUGGUGACCGUGACAUUAAAGACCCACCCGAGGAUAUCUCACCGCAUCGCAAGAGCAAAGCCGAGGCCCUGUGUGGUGAUAGGUGACAAUAUUUUGGACGUGCAUCACGUCAUUAAAGUUCACGGUGACAGAGAAUAAAAUUCCUCCUCUGAUAUUAAUAGAUGGAAUGACAAGAAUCAGAGAAUGCAUACUAUAGGUGGGAGCUGCUGAAACCUCGUGACCAUGGUGACACCGAAUUACCUGGACAACCUGCUACCCUCCCCUUCACUUUCACCGCAUGCCAGUUAACUCCACUUUUUUCAGACGGGUUAUACACACCCAGAAUGUGAAACUUUUCAUUGGACUUGCAUCAGGCAGUGCAAUACAAAAAGUAGUAAACACUGCCCAGUCCAUCAU